UGAUCUAACCUCGAAUUUAAUUCAAAUAUCAACUUAUCAAAACUGCGAUAAAAUGCAAAGAUAUUUACUAAAUAUUUCUUAUAUUGGGACUCCGUUUAGGGGUGCUCAAAGACAAGUGAAAUUAACAAAAUUGAUUCGCGAGGAUACGAGUACUAUACAGGGACGUAUAGAGAUUGGUUUAAGAAAUUUGAAGCCUGCAAAUGAUGUUUCAGUUGUAACAUCUAGUAGAACUGAUUCUGGAGUGCAUGCAUUGCAGAGCACCAUGCAUGUGGAUUUGAUUAGUGAGAAAGGUAGACCCUACCCACCGGAAUCUCUCACUGUAGUCUUAAAUAAAUACUUUAUCCGUCAUGAGUUACCAAUUCGAGUUAUUAGGACUUACUGUGUCCCUCCAGACUUCCACAGUAGGAAUGCCGAGUCUAGAACUUACAUGUACAGGCUUGGUAUAAUUAAGUCAGAGAAUAUUAAUGAAAACAAUGUUCUGAAACAGAUCCCAAUUGAGGAGAUUGAGAGAGUCUCUUUUAUUAGUACUAGCACUUUUGAUGUGGAAAAAUUUAGUAGUGCUUGUAAGUUGUUCCAUGGCUUGCAUGAUUUCAGAUCUUUCAUGGCAAAAGGCACGAAGAAACCUGAUAAAAUGACAAGGAGGGUGAUCAAACGAUUGGAAAUUGUUGAAGCAUCUGGACAUUUCUACAAUGAGUACAGUUGGCCCACAUUUGGUAUAACUGAAGAGAGUGAUUGCAAAUUCUACAAUAUUUUCAUUGAAUCGAAUGGAUUCCUGUACAAGCAGGUCAGACGCAUCUUAGCUGCUUUAAUAGGCAUAGCCAAAGGAGUCAUCACCGAGAAGGACGUACGUUGCAUGCUAGAAGUGCCUUCGCAUAACUCCUGGGAUUCGAGGAUCAAAACAGCACCGCCGCAGGGUCUGUACUUGUGCCAAGUGAAAUAUCCGAAAGAGAUCCAAGCCAGUUUUCGUUCAGAGCCAUGGUAGGCACACGCGUUUU